UAGACCAAGCGAAAGCUUUCGAUCGCGUCGAGUACCGAUACAUGCUUGGGGUACUGGAAGCUUUCGGCUUUCCCGUCGAAUUCGUAGACAAGAUCCGCCUCCUGUAUUCAGGUUUAACUGCAAAACUGCUCGUAAACGGCCGUCUAAGCGAUUCCUUCCCCGUGACACGAGGCCUUAGGCAAGGUUGUUCAAUGAGCCCUCACCUGUUUGUUCUUUGCCUCGAUCCUUUGUUGCGUCGCAUAUCACUCUGUCCGAACGGCAGCAGACGACAGGCGCGAGUCCGUGCCCUGACGUCACGCGAGUGACGCUCCCAGCGCCCCUGUAGGUUGUUCUCGGGGCUAAUACUGCCUGUACGCAGGUUUAGUGACGGCGCGUAGUUUGUUUUCGUUUUGAAACGUAAAUUCAAUAAGUUGUAGACAGUAUAGCAUAAAGGUCAUCGUGCGUACACGUCAAUAAAAUUGACAGCAACUUCCUCGCAUGGUUUAUUUUAUCCAGUAAUUGGUAACUUUUGUUUCUCGCUUCGCUUUCUACCGGCUCCACGUUUCAGGUCAGUUAAGAUGCGGCUCGGUCGACGAAUGAUUGACGUUAUCGCUUCUCGGCCUUUUGGGCUAAGAUCAAAGCGCCCCCGGGCCGAGGAGAAGUCUACCAGAGACCUUGACAUCCCUGGGGUCACGUCGUCACGACGCCGACCUCCAGGGAGAUCGCCUUAGCGAGCCUGCUGCAUUGGACCCGCCAACCUGCUGACAACCCGAGCGCCAUCCAGCGAACGGCAGAGCAACCCGGCGGGCCCCCUUCGGCGCCUGCUGAGCAGCCCAUGGUCACGGGAGCCUCCUGGAUCUCCAGCGCCCCUUGUCGAGCUGCCAGCCGACCAACGAACCACAGCGAAGCCAGCGCCAUCUGCUGAGCCUUCCUGCCACUAGAGUACAGCGGCGCCCAGCGCCAGCUGUAUACAACUAGUCCUAACAGUCCACCACGUGUCCCGGAGGCAACGCUACCAGGAGCAACGCCCCCCACACCAUGGAAUCCAGCUGUGAGACCCCGUUGAGGGAAAAUUGCUUUCUGUUCAAUGCGCCAGACGGCGAUAUUUCUGUUGAUGAUUUAAUUGAUGCCAUUGAACUUACUGCCGGCGACGACAGUGUGCUGGCACUCCAGCACAUGGGCGGCGCGAAAUUCCUAGUGUGCACGAGAACUGCGGCACAAGCCACUAAAUUAAUGGUCGCUGAAGGAUUUCGCGUCAACCAUGUGCGAGUGCCAGUGGAGGCCGUAGGCCCACCAGUAACUUUUGUGAACGUGUACCGCUUACCUGUCUAUGUAUCCAAUGAAGUUGUAGCAGCGGCUUUGCAACCUUAUGGAAAUGUCAAAAGUGUAGCGUACACGAAAGUGCUAAACAGACAAAACAAGCUUAAUGGUGUCCGAGUCGUACGAGUUGAAAUGUGUAGGCCGGUACCCAAUUUCAUGACAAUGCAAGGGCACCGAGUCAUGUGCGAAUACCGCGGAAUGAGAAGGGUAUGCGCAAGAUGUGGUGAUGGCAACCACAUGGCUACCGCGUGCACGUCGCCAUAUUGCAAACGAUGCGGUGUCUUCGGACACGAAGCCGAAAGUUGCGACGAGGAAUGCAGAAAGUGUGGAGGCCGCCACGCUACAAAAACAUGCUUCCGUGGGAAGGCAUAUGCGAAAUCAAAUGCAGGAACGGUGUGGCAACACACGCCCCCCGAACAAGCUCCGGCCAGAAGCGCCCGAACUGAUGCAGAAUUCCCGCCACUAGAAACGAACGCAGCCUCAGGCAUGCAAGUGCUUAAGCCACGAGGCCCCAAUCUGCCACGGAAAAAGACAAGCUAUUGGGACGGAGAGAGUGCUGGAGACAGCACAAAAAGCAUGGACAGCAAGCCAAAUGAAACUGAAGAAACGUCUACAAAUGAAACACCGGCCACGCCCACAUCAGAUAGCGAAGGAGGCCCAACAGAAUCGCCUCCAACAACCGACAUGACGUCGCACCAAACGACAGAUGAAAAGAACAGUCCAAAUAACAAUAACGCGGAAAAAGUUGACGCAUCCCAAGGCAUGCCCCAAGGUGCAGACCAAAAACAGCAAGCAUGA